UACGCACACACACGCACACGCACACGCACACACUCUCGCUCCCUUUCUUUUUGUUCACCCGCAAAACCAAUGCGUUUCAAGGAAUAAUAGUAAUAAAAUAACAGCCUUGGCAACAAUGACAACUUAGCUAACGCCCUCUCUCUCCGUCUCUUUCGCCAGUUGGUGAUGGUGGUUGCGGAGAACCUCAUGAAAUCAUCACUGUCGCCGCUUUCUGUAAUUCUUCGGAACGAGUGAGUGACUCACGCACAGAGAGAAACGACUCACUGAGAAGAGUGGAGAGAUUGAGAGAGAGAGAGAGAAUGUUUAGGUUGCAUAAGCACAGGGCUCCUAAAUCAGGGGACAAAAUUGAGUUCAGAAUCUCUCAUCUCAAGGCUCUUCAGGUACCCAAGGGGUGGGACAAGCUGUUUGUUUCUGUUGUCUCCGUAGAAAAUGGUAAAACAAUUGCAAAGUCAAACAAGGUGCCAGUGCGUAAUGGAGGUUGUCAAUGGUCAGAUACCUUUUCAGAAUCUAUAUGGGUUUCAAGAGAUGGUUUAUCCAAGGGGAUUGAUGAUGGCGUCCUCAAGCUCAUUGUUGCCAUGGGGUCGUCAAGAUCUGGCAUCCUGGGAGAGGCUACUGUUAGUUUGACCAGCUAUAUGAGUUCAGGUGCUGCUAUUCCACUUUCAAUCCCACUGAAUAAGUGCAACCAUGGGACAGUUUUGCAUGUAACUGUUCAGUGCCUUACACCAAGAUCGAAACUCAGGGAUCAAAAUUCAAGUGAGACAAAUUUCCAUUUGAAGGCUAUCAAUGAAAAUAAUUAUGAUCAGGCUGUCAAGUCCAAUGAAUCUGAUUGUUCAAAUGUACAGAGUGUUGAAUCUUCCUCUGUUGAAGAUUUUGACUCUAUGUUAUCCCUCGGAGAAGUUGAGACUAGGGAAACAAGCUUCUCUGGAUCAGUAUCAAACUGCAGCCACAACUCAACCGAGGGUUCCACAGGAAGGGGAAAUAUCUCCCCAUGUACCAGCGAUGGGCAGAGCCCGAUCGGAAGACAAGAUUCAACCAGUUCCCAGAAAAGUGUAUCCCAUCACGAUUACCCUGUGAAUGAUUCUUCUCAGUCAAAUAAUUCACCAUUUAAUUCCCAGAAAAUGCAAGACAUUGGUGCAUUAUCUUCUAAGACGACCAACGCUUAUAACAACCGUCUGGAAGCUGCAGAGGACACAAGUGAAGAGUUACGGGCAGAAGCAAAGAUGUGGGAGAUGAAUGCCCGGAAGCUAAUGGGUGAUUUAGACAUGCUGAGGACAGAAUUCUCAGAUCAAUCCAAAAAAUUGGAAGGUAUGGAAAUGGACCUUUCUGCAGCACAGGUAGAGCGUGAUAGUUUGAAAAAAGAAGUUGAACAGUUAAAAUUGUCAUUUGAGGAUCCAAUAGUGAGACAGAAAGCAUCGGAAGAUUCAGUAUCUCACGGUGAAUGUAUUCCAGAAAUUGAGAAUGCUCUAAAAGAGGAAUUGAAAUUUGAAAAGGAAUCCAAUGCCAACUUGUCUUUGCAACUGAAGAGGAGCCAAGAAGCAAAUGUAGAGUUUGUUUCUGUUCUCCAGGAACUGGAAGAGACCAUAGAACAGCAGAAAAUUGAGAUAGAAAACCUUUCAUCAUUACCCUCAAAGUUCAGUGAUCUUGAGGAAUCUUUUCAACAAAGUAUAGAAGGAAACAAGCGCUUAAAGCAACAACUAGAACAAUUAGAGGAAUCAAAGAAAAAUCUGCUGGUGAAGGUGCAAGAGCUGGAAGGGGCCUUAGAGGACAAAAUGCGAGACACUGAAUCUGCGAAGAUUCAAAACAACAAAACCCUGUCAGAUAUUGAAAUGGAAUAUGAAAGCAAAUUAUAUGAUAAAGAUAAAGAAAUUUCAAGUUUGAAAGCGAAGCUAUUUGAAUCUAUCCCAGAAAAUUGUAUUGUUGAGACAGUGCCCAGAAAUUUAGCUGAUGUAGAUCUUUUGAGAGAAAUCGAAGUACUGAAAGAGAAAGUUGAAGAACUUGAGAUUGACUGCAAUGAGCUAACAGAGGAAAACCUUGAGCUUUUAUUCAAGCUAAAAGAGGCAAAGAAAAAUUCGAAAGAUGGUGGUGCAUGUGAAGAAGACCUUUUUACAGACAAGCUCAAAGACCAAUCCUCUACUGGCUUUGGGUCUGAGGUAAGCAACAAUUUAUUUCGAAUAUUCCCUUCAGAAGACACGCUCCAGGGGAAAAACGACAUCAAGAGUAGUAAUGAUCAUUAUUUUUCAAUUCAAGAGCUUGAGAGUUCAAAAUUAGCUCUAGAAGUCCGAAUCACAGAUUUGAAUAAGGAUCUAACUGAUAAAACAUCUGUGAUAGGAAAUCUUGAGGCUAAUUUAUCAUAUAAAGAAAAGGAGAUUGGGGUUCAGCAGAAGCUACUGAGCGAGUUGAAAGCCAAGGUUUAUCGUCUUGAACAAGAAAAAAUUCAACUAGAGAAACACAUGGAAGCCAUGAUAAAAGAAAAUAAGCAUGAACUGGAGCUCCACAUAUCAGACAUAGAACAGGAAAAACAACAAUUGUCAAUUCACGUUUCUGUUUUAGAAGAUCAAUUGAGAGAUUUGACAAAUGAUCAAGAGUUUUGUUUAUCAGAACUAGAGAGCUCUAGAUCUCAAGCUGCAAGGUUUCAAGAGAAGAUUAUGGAGAUGGAAUCUGAGAUAGAUUCUUCAACAGAAGACUUCAAACAAAAAUUAAAGGUAGCACAAAUUCGCUGGUCAGAAGCACAAGAAGAAUGUGAAUAUCUAAGAGGAGCAAAUCAGAAGUUACAAAUUACUGCUGAGAAGCUUGAAGAAGAAUGCAGUUCUUUUGAGAAGCUAAAUGGGGAUUUGAGGCAGCAAAACUUAAAGCUAGAGGAAUAUUGCUCCCUUGUGGGAGACAGGUUGAGGGAGUCAGAUGAAAAAUUUGUUAAGUGCUCUAAAAGAGUGGAACUCCUGGAAAAGAAAUUAACUUUGAUGGUAGAAGAUAUUGCAUCAAAAGAGAAACAUUUAACAUCUGAUUUAGAUAAUUUUUUUGAUGAAAACAGGAAACAUAUUGAGCAGGGUCAAGUCUUGUUGAAUCAGAUGCAAAUGGAAAAGAUGGUAGAAACUCAGAACCUAGAACUAGAAGUUGAGAAGCUCAGUUUAAAACUUUCAGCAGCAUAUGAUGAAAAAGAGAGUAUAGCUUCCAAUGCUUUGCUUGAAGUAUCCACAUUACGUGCUGAUAAAGCCAAACUGGAAUCUGCUUUAGAAGAAGCUCAGUCUAAAGUGGUUUUGGCUAAGAAUGAGGUUGAGAUGAUGCAGACUCAAUAUGAACAAAAGCUGAAAGACCUAACAACUCAGCUUGCUGAAUACAAAAUCAAAAUGGAAAUGAUGAUGUCUGAACAUGAAAAGUUGUUGAAUUUGGCGGAGGACCACAAAUCAAGAGAGCUAAAACUUAAAAGUACUAUAAAUGCCCUUGAAUUAAAACUUACAGUCUCUGAAUAUGAAAGACAACAAAUCAUGGACGAAUCUGGAAAUUUGAAGGUUAAGUUGCAGAAGACCCAUGAAUUUGAAAAUGAGAUUAUAGCUCUAAAGAAAGAGCUCAGUGCUUCUAAUUCUGAGAAAGAGAGACUGGAAGCCUCAUUGGGCCUAACAUCUGAACUAUGCGAAGAUCUGAAGGCAGAGAAGACGUCAUCAGGACUAAAGAUAUUAGCCUUGGAGAAGGCUGCGUCUGAGUUGGAGGACUGCAAGAGAACUAGAGCAUCCCUGGAAGAAAGACUUGUGCAGUUGGACAAUGACUUGAAGGCAAGAGAAACAAGAUGUGUUCAGGAUACUGAGCUCAGUCACAGCAAAAGAAUAAACAGGCAGCAUCAACAGACCAUACAACUGCUUGAACAGGAGAAGGUUGAGCUCCAGACAAAAGCCCAAGCCCUUGAGGAAGAAUUGAAACUGAUUAAGGAACAAAAGAGAAAUCAAGUUUCGAAGUUAAACAGGAAAUGUUUACCAGUUCACGAUGAUCUGAAGGCCUCAAAAAGUCAUGUGGUGAAGAACACCAAUCAACAUCGCAGUAAUAGGAAAAAGUCUUUUAAGAAUGACAGAGAAAUAAUGAAAGAUCAACAGGAGCCUUGUUACGGCAUCAAACAUCAGAGUGAGGUAGAAACUGAACUUGGACUUCUUGAUGAAAAUGUUCAUGCUAUUGAAGUUGAUCCACUACCGAAGACACAAUUGCUUGAGACUGAACUAGCAAAAGCAGAAGAAACCAAUGACAGGUCACCCUCUCAAGGCCGAAACAACCAGGCAAAUGGCCCAGUAAAAUCAAUGGUUGAAGAACUAGUAACGAAAGAAAUAUUUGAACGUACAAAAUCUAUACUAGAGGAAGAGUUGAGAGAUAUUCAGGAGCGCUACUUCCACAUGAGCCUUAAAUAUGCCCAGGUGGAAGCUGAGCGUGAAGAACUUGUGAUGAAGCUCAAGGCGACCAAGAACAAAAAAGGAUGGCUAUCAUAGAAUUAUGAUCAAUUCGAUUACCCCAUUAUUGGAUUUGACGCUGCCAAUCUCAGGUAGCUUUUCACGAAAUUUAAGUGUCCGAGUUUUCAAUCAACUAUAGGAUGUAUCAUUUGGAAAUGACUCAUUCAUUGAAUAGGAGAAUAGUAAUAAAUCUAAAAUGGUCGUUUGUACUUGUAAAUAUCAGAAAUUUUGAAGGUAGAAUGACACUUAACAAGUGAUAUUGUAAUUGUCUUGGGCUGUCAAUACUUGCUCUUCCGUGUA